UCCGGUGACGUCAGAGCGUCUGAACGCCAUUAGAUCUGCAGCUGUUUGGGAAGAAACAACAACAACACGAACGACCCUCUGCACGGAACUCGCUCUGGACCGCAGGAGCCCGACGCCUCUUUCCCUCCACCGGGCUUCACCGGCUUCUAACCACGGCCGCUCUCGGUGAGGAAACUCUGGCCUCCGCUUCCUCCUCCUCCGACUCGGACACCGGUGGAGCGUCGCCGCCCCCGCGGAAGAAGCACCGAGCCUCGGCGGCGGAGGGAGUAGGAGAGCCCGGGGCUUCAGCGGGCCUAUUGUCAGCGACCCACCUCAGCCGAACCGGCGCGAACAUGCAGUCAAACGGGACCGGACAGGAGCAGAACCACCAAGCGAACACGCAAAACGGAGAUGCCAACGGCCUCCAGAGCAAUGCGGGCUCAGCAUCGGGGGCCUCCGGGACGGGUUCAGGUUCCCUGAAGAAAAAGAAGCGGCUGUCCCAGGCAGAGGAGGACGUGAUCCGCCUUAUAGGACAGCAUCUGCACGGGUUAGGGCUGAAUCAGACGGUGGAUUUGUUGAUGCAGGAAUCGGGCUGCAGACUGGAACAUUCAUCAGCCACAAAGUUUCGAAACCACGUCAUGGAAGGUGAAUGGGACAAGGCUGAAAACGACCUCAACGAGCUGAAAGCAUUGAUGCAUUCACCCAACGCUAUUGUGCGGAUGAAGUUUCUGCUGUUGCAGCAGAAGUAUCUGGAGUAUUUGGAGGAUGGGAAAGUUCUGGAAGCUCUGCAGGUGUUGAGAGGAGAGUUGACUCCACUCAAAUACAACACGGAUCGAAUCCACGUGCUCAGCGGCUAUCUGAUGUGCAGUCAUGCUGAGGAUCUGAAGGCUAAGGCUGAAUGGGAGGGCAAAGGAGCUGGAUCACGAUGUAGAUUAUUGGACAAACUCCAGACGUAUCUGCCGCCCUCCGUCAUGUUGCCUCCUCGACGGCUGCAGACUCUGCUCAGACAAGCUGUGGAGCUGCAGAGAGACCGAUGCAUUUAUCACAACACCAAACUGGACUCCAGUCUGGACUCUGUGUCCUUACUGCUGGAUCACGUCUGCAGCAGGAAACAGUUUCCCUGCUACACGCAGCAGAUCCUCACAGAGCACUGCAAUGAAGUCUGGUUCUGCAAGUUCUCCAACGACGGCACUAAACUCGCCACCGGCUCCAAGGACACCACUGUGAUAAUCUGGCAGGUGGAGCCGGAAACACAUCAACUAAAGCUCUUACGGACUCUGGAGGGUCACGCGUAUGGUGUGUCGUAUCUCGCCUGGAGUCCAGAUGAUGUUUACCUGAUCGCCUGCGGUCCUGAUGACUGCUCCGAGCUCUGGCUCUGGAAUGUUCAGACAGGAGAGCUGCGAACAAAGAUGAGCCAGUCUCAUGAGGACAGUCUAACCAGUGUCGCCUGGAACCCCGACGGCAAACGCUUUGUUACAGGAGGACAGAGAGGACAGUUUUACCAGUGUGAUCUUGAUGGGAAUCUGCUGGAGUCGUGGGAAGGUGUUCGUGUGCAGUGUCUGUGGUGUAUGAGCGAUGGACGGACAGUCCUAGCUUCUGAUACACACCAGCGGAUCCGGGGAUACAGUUUUGAGGACCUAACAGACAGAAACAUAGUUCAGGAGGAUCAUCCUAUAAUGUCGUUCACCGUUUCUAAGAACGGAAGAUUAGCUUUGUUAAAUGUAGCAACUCAGGGCGUUCAUCUCUGGGACCUGCAGGACCGUGUGUUGGUCAGGAAGUAUCAGGGUGUGACGCAGGGUUUCUACACCAUUCACUCCUGCUUUGGCGGACACAAUGAGGACUUCAUCGCCAGCGGGAGUGAAGAUCAUAAGGUAUAUAUUUGGCACAAGCGCAGCGAGCUGCCGAUCGUGGAGUUGACGGGACACACGCGCACAGUGAAUUGUGUCAGCUGGAACCCGUGUAUUCCCAGUCUCAUGGCCAGCGCUUCCGAUGACGGCACAGUCCGCAUCUGGGGACCUGCACCUUUCCUGGACGCACAAGAGCUGGACGGGCUCACCGAGAGUUGCAGCAGUAUGGACAGUUGAUGGCAGCCCUGCAACGGACGCCUUCUUCUUCUUACGACAAAACACGCGAAAUCCAACAGAGAGAAAACACCAUUACAGCGUUGUCCUCCUCCUCAACGACACACGAGUGCAAACAAACCCGAAAGAGAUUCAGAGCUUGGCUUUCAGGAGUCUGGAGGCAGCGGCAGAGACCCGGCGCUGAUCCCGGAUCAGAUCUCGUUCCCUCAAUAUUACCCUCUCAUUAGCCCCGAAGACGAGACGCCCGGGGGUCCGGCCGGGUCUAUAAACUCACACUCAAUCCUCCAGCGGCAGAGGACGAAACACUUAUUUUUUAAAAGAUAUACUAGUCCUAGCGAUUCUCUCUUUGGUUCCUUUAGCAGUUGAUCAGCUUUGGGCUUUAGUGUUGAUGAUGGAGUGCUGUAGUUCUUUCUGUUCUUUUGUUUUUUAACUCAAAUACAUUGUUUUCAACCGGACCCCCGUCACCCAUCAGCAGGGGCUGAGUUUGAGUAUUCAACUGAAUUUGCUUGGGCCACCGAAGUGUGCGUGUGUGUGUGUGUGCAACUGAGCUUGUGUGCAUGCGGGCUUGUGUGUGUGCGAGCUUGUUUGAAAGCGCAUGUGUGUGCAAGCUUGUGUGUGUGCGUGCAAGCUUGCAUGUGAGUGUAAGUGUGUGCAAGCGUACGUGUGUAUGUGCGUGCGAGCGUAGUUGUAUGCGUAUGCGUGUGGGCGUGCGUGCGAGCGUACGUGUGCGCGUGCGAGCGCACUUGUGGGCGUGCGCAUGUGUGUGCGCGUGCGAGCGUACGUAUGUGUGUGCGCGUGCGAGCGUACGUGUAGCUUACUUGUGUGUGCGUGUGUGCGAGCAUACUUGUGCGACGUACAUGUGUGUGUCUGUGAGUGCGAGCGUACUUGUGUGUGGGCGAGCUUGCAUGUGCGUGCAGGCGAGCGUACGUGCAUGCAAGCAUAAUUGUGUGCGAGUGUACGUGUGUGCAUGCGAGCAUGCUCGUGUGCGUGCAAGCGUACAUGUUAGCGUGCGUGCGAGCAUCUGAGCAUGCUUGUGUGCGUACAUGUGUGUGUGUGUGUGUGCGCGCAAGCGUACGUUUUUGCGUGCGUGUGAGCGUACGUGUGUUUGCGUGCGAGCAUGUGUGUUUGCGUGCGAGCAUAUGUGUUUGCGUGCGUGCAAGCUUACGUAUGCGUGAGCUUGUGUGUGCGAGCAUACUUGUGCACAUGCAUGUGUUUGUGUGCGCGAGCUUACGUGUGCGUGCGAGCAUACGUGUGUGCAUGCGAGCUUACAUGUGCGUGCAGGCAUACUUGUGUGUGCGAGCGUACGUGUGUGUGUGCGAGUGUACAAACGAGUCUGCGUGCAUGUGCGUGCGUGCGAGCUUGCGUGCGUACGUGUGUGCAUGCAUCUGAGCUUGCUUGCAUACAUGUGUGAGCAAGCUUACGUGUAUGUGCGUGUCCAUGUGCGUGCGUGCGUGCGAACGAGUGUGCAAGCUUUGGUGUGUGCGUUCGAGCUUGCGUGUGUGAACGUUUAAAAUGUGCCUAAGCUUUGGCUUUGGUCUCACACAUGGCACUGUCUUCACACCAGCGCGAGUGUGUGUCCCUCGUUUAGACGUACGAAUCAUUUUAACAAAAUCAGAUCGAAGCCCUCGAGACCUUCAUCUGUGGAACAAAACUUGAGCACCGUUUUGUAUUGUUUAGGUUAUUUCCCAUUUCUUUUAAAGAAAGCUGUUAGCAAAGUUCCUUGUUUUCACCACUUACCUUAGAGAGGUGCGUUCAGGAGAGAGACUUUGUUAUAUUAGUGCAACAAAAAGUGAAAAUUGAAACCCGAGGGCAACACGCACGUUCAGAACGUGUGUGAAAAGGUGCCGACAGCUUUAAACAGAGAGAUACUGUGACACUGUCAAUCAAUCAGAUAUUGGGCGUUUUUGUGGAGUGUAAAUGACCUAUGCAGCAACAUUCGAGCUGAGAGCCCCGAUAUAAUGUUUCCUGCAGCAGCCAUACCAGCAUUAAGAGAAACCUUUUAAGAUCGCACAACAUAUCCACUAUUAAUUCAGUCACAUCCAACACGGUCAAGCUCCCUGAUCUGAGAUGUUUACACCAAAUAUCAAUCUUUUUCCAGUCCCCCUUUUUUGGAGAGAAAUAUUUGCUAUGGACUGAUAUUAAAUGUUUGAGAAGAUGCUUUUCUGCCUGUUUUUAUGAAAGAUUUUGUUACGUUUUUUUUUUCUUUUUGGUUUACAAUAUUUUUUAUUUUGUUUGACUUUAUCUCUGUAUCAUUAUAUUAAACUAUAACCAGAUAAAUUGUCUCCUCUUUUUUUAAAAUAUCUUUUAUUUAAGCAUUAUUAGCACUCUUUUUUUCUUCUUCUUUUUAAUUUAGACGUACAUUAACCGUAAUAUUUCAAUUUAAAAGAUUAUCGGCUUCUUUCCGCAGACAUAAGAUGGUGCUAAACGCUCCGGCCUUCGCCUCGCAGGGGGAAACUCAAAGAGAAAUCCAGAUUUAACACUUUAAAGAUCAUCAAAUCUCUUCUAAACGUUACAGUAUCGGUCACUUUAAUACUGAAGACGUAUUUGCCAACUUGCAAAGUCUGAGAUUCACUUCGUUAUGAAAGCAAUUAUCAUUCAUUGAUCGGUUUCGUUCUGAUAGCUAUUAAAAAUGUGUAAAAGUAAAUAGAUUUUGAUAUCGAAUCGAUCGCAAGCAUCUACCUGUUUUGCUUUCCAUUUAAUUCUUGCCUGUUUACUUGAGGACCAUUUUGUGCCAUAAGCAAAAAAACAAAAGAAAAUCUGGACGAUAUUUGGUCGCUGCUCGGACCAGGCUGACGCUUGUGCACUGUGACACAUCUUUGCUGUUGAUUUAGCUGAUCCGAGAGCAGUUUGUUUCGACUAUUCCUCCUCAUUGUUUUACAGAACUAAACACAAGGCCGCUUAAUCGCAGCAGUGGAAAUAUUAAUGCAUAUGAUGAUGAUGAUGGUGGUGGUGAUGAAGGGUUUGUGUCCUCUACUAACCAUAUGCAAGAAUGUGUCUGUUUUUUUUUUCCAGCGAACUGCAGAUGUGCGAGAGGUUUCCCUCAUGAUAACUCUGCUCCUGAGCGAAGGGCAUCCAUCUGCAUUAAGUGUGUUAUUUCAACAAGUGAUUGUACUGUUUUGUAUUGUUGUGUAGGAGAUGUGUUAUGUAUGCAUAUUUUCAAUAAAGCAUUCAGGGUUUUGAAACAUA